AAGGACAAUCUCGAUUCAUCAUGGUCAGGAGGUUUGCCAGGGGAGAAAUGGGGCGAAGCCCUUGAGCCACCCACAUGAUCGAGACAACUUGUGGCGAGUCGGUUGCAACUAGCACUUCACGUCCUGGGUAUGUGAGCAAUGUACACUAGGCAUCUUGGUCGCCUUUCCUUUGCCUCCUUGAUGCAGCAACUCGUGACGGGGACAGCAGCCCGACAAAGCACCAAGGAUCAACCCCGGUGCCAACAUCUUGACGUUGCGUAUCCGACGUGUUUUCCGACGGCUGCUCGAAUGUCAUGGGAGCAUCCUGCUCGGUCAGUCUGGGUUCGCCCUCCUGAAGACAAUGGCGUCGACCGCUGCACGCAAUGUACUCCUCAGCAUCGACAUCUUGCCAUCAGUGCAAGCAUUUCAGUCUGGGCUUUACGAAGAUCUACGGCCAAGCCACCGCGCAUGCAGUCGGAUUCGCACCCGAUUCGAUGCCCGACGACAGCAAACUAUGUGCCGCGUCCCAGGGGAAGCCAUCGAAUUGGCGCUGGACGAGUACUUUGUCGAUGAUGCCACGGACAAAGCGUUUCCGCUGCAUCACGCAGUGGUCCAAGGAUCGCUACCGCUAGUUCAAAGGUGGAUUCAGUGUCUCGGACGACAAAUCGUGACGCGGUACACCAUGGACUGCGCUGCGGCCCACGGACAACUGGCGAUUCUCGAGUGGUUGCACCACAGCAGCAUCACUGGAUGCACCACGGACGCGAUGGACUUUGCCGCGCUGCGAGGCCACUUGCAUGUGGUAUCGUUUCUCCAUUUCCAUCGACCAGAAGGCGGGACUUUCUUGGCCAUGGACUUUGCAGCUGGUCAAGGGCAUCUGGACGUUGUCGAGUUCUUGCACACGCAUCGAACGGAGGGCUGCUCCGUGAUGGCGAUCGACGCGGCAGCCAGCAAUGGUUAUGUCGACGUGGUGAAGUUCCUCCACACGUACCGACACGAGGGGUUCACGGCGAAAGCGAUCGAACGAGCCAAGAAAUACAAGCAUGACCACAUCGUCGCGUAUUUGGAGGGUGUCUCGCGAGCUCGGUACCCUACCUUGAUCGCCACAAACACUUGAGGUCCAUCCCUCUGCUAGCAGGCGUUAACCGGGGAAUGAACAUCACGAUGGUA